AUGUCGAACAGACCAUUCGCACAGCUACAGGCCGCCGCCAUUGAUGGCAGAACUAGAACAGUCUUCUACCGCCAAACACAACUUGAAAAGUUGCACAAGAGUCUUGUCUCAAAUGCGUCCGAGAUUGUGGAUGCAAUUGUCGCAGAUGCUGGCCUCAGCCGAACAGAAGCACAAAUAGAGUACUCGCUCGCUCUGACUGCAGUGAGAGAGCGCUUUGCCGAGCUAGAGCCCAAGAAAGAGCUCGAGAACGAGUACGCAAUUGCUCGUGGAGAGGAUGCAGGUAGCCUACGCCUCGGAUACGGCACUGUGUACAUCAAGGCUUCAGCCGACCACACUCCUUUUUACUCAGCAAUUGCGCCCUUGAGUGCAGCAAUCGCUGCAGGAAACUGCGUAGUGUUGCAGAUUGAGAACAGCCUUCGCAGUCUCCCUGCUAUCCUUCGCAACACCCUCAAGUCUGCUCUGGACAAUGACACUUUCGACAUUGCUCAACAACCCGUCCAAGAUGCAUCUUUCCUGAGUGGCUGUCUGCAAGUAGUUCAAGACGGAUCCGUUGACGGAGCCGCCGCACAGAACCAGCUCGUUUCAAAAGCGGGUUCGAUCACAGCAGCAAUCGUAGACAGAACAGCAAAUUUGGACGAGACAGCAAAAGCUCUCGUCAAUGCUCGAUUCUCAUUCAACGGCAAAUCGCCGUAUGCCCCGGAUGUCAUCUUCAUCAACGAGUUCACCAAGAAGGACUUCUUGCAAGCACUUCUCAGACACUCGGUAUCAUUCGACGAAGUAGUUGAGAGGGAGAAGUCGCCCACCAGGAGGACUGGUCGUGAGAAUGGCAUCAGAGACUUGAUUUCGAGCCUGCAAAAAGAUGGAAGUGGCCGUGUCAUCGCACAAGAGUCGAACCGAGCAAUUCUGGAGGUGACCAAGAGGAGUACUAGCCUUCUCAAAAACAAGAUCAGCGAACCCGUCCUGCUCGUACACUCCGUCAAGAGUCUUGAUGAUGCCAUCGACUUCAUCAACAACAACGGCAAUGAGUUGCUAGCUGCAUACCAUUUCGGAGAGAAUGCUCAGUGCAAGUAUCUCAGCCAGUUCGUCUCGUCGCAGGUGUCAUAUGUCAACCACAUCCCAGCAGAACUUCUCGUCGGUCCCGCCUUCCCAGUCGGUCACCCAGUAACCUCAACACGUUACCCAACUGCCCUCUUCACCCGCCCCACACCCGCCUUCGUCACCAACACCACACAGUCGAAGACCGUAGAAUCAGCACUGAACGGCGCAUCCAAAUCUGAAAAGUCGACCGCAGUACAAACAUUGUACUCUCAAGCCGUCGCAGAUCUGCCCGCCGCACACAAGCGACCAAAGCAGUUGAAAGCGGCCUUUGGCUUCUUCGAGCAGUCCAUGCUGUUCAACCUCGGCUUCGUGCUGCUGUCAACCGGUGCCACUAUUGCGGCAACUGUGAUCUUGGGAAAGCGCGCGAGAGCUUACUACUCGCAUUGA